CGCCAAUCUGGAGGAUGUUUAUUGUCAAGAUACGGGGAAAUCAUUAAUGCCGAUACACUUGAGGGCCAGAGCGGCAUAUGGUACUUUUCGUGAACAAUAUAGGGGUGAUGAGAGGAAUCGGGAUAAGAUCACGGCAAAUCUCGAGUUAGUGGAGGGAUUUGAGACUGCAUCCAAGGAGGCUGCAUCUGUGUACAUUUCGCAGGAGGAGGAACAAACCGAGCCGGACCCUCACAUGCUUUCUGCAGAGGACAACAUUACUCUCACACAGCAUUUGAUGGGUCAUAAUAGGAGAGGGAGAUAUCCUCUGCAUGGUGUUGGAGCUUCACCUGGUAUAAGCAUUAGAUCGUCCACACACACCAUCUACAUCGACGAGAGCAGCCACAAGCAGUUUCCAGGCUAUGCCAUUUGUCGCACGUAUCUCUGCGUAUCUGAUUGA